AUGAAGUCGUGGAAAGUGGACCAGGAUAUGAUGAGUUUCCUACAACUGGUUGGGAACAUUGCCAUGCGCCAAAGAUUAGAGAGCUCGGAUAGCGUGCACACUACCACAGCUCCACCAAAACCCGUCCCUAUCGCGACAGGUGGUGACGGAACACAAGACAAUGACAUGCGUAUAAUUGACGAGAUAGGACAUACUGCUAGUAUACGACCAUGCUACAACGACUGUUCGGCUAAGGUGUGGGCAGCUAAGUCGUAUCGAACUGUGAGCGAUAGCGCCAAAAGUGAACCGGGGAUCCAUGCCCAGAACGCUAUUGUCGAAAAGGAUUGUGAGGGUGCACAUGCAGAGUAUAGCGCUGGGCAAUGUGAUGACUCAAAGCGGAACGUGUUGAGCGAAACCGGUACGGAUUUCGGUUUGCUUAGUACAUCACCCGAGACACUAGAAGGCGCCCUGGAAGAAAGUUCGACAGAUACCAAGACAGAGACAGAUGUAGAGACGUAUGAACCGGCGAGAUGUUACUGCUACGACUUCAUGCCAUACGUACCCGCAUCGGAUAUCAUCAGCGAGCAGCGACUGGCUGUGGUGAGUGAAGAAGAGAAAGCACGGCAACAGACUAAGCUACUUGCGCGAGGGCUGGGGGCAAAGAGCCGAACCGUAUCGCUGCUACAGACACCGCGCAAGGACAUAACACCCCUGUCACACACGAGGAAGGUCUCAUUUGUUGUCGCCCCGGAUGACAAGCCACACGAUACCAAAGCAAAAGUUGAUCAGAAGCGAGCGGUGAAGAUAGAGGGCGCCUCGAGCAGUGGGUUUGGGGGUCUUUUUGCGGCCAUUGCGGAUAUGUCCGUGACUACGAAAUCGGAUGAUAGUGUGGAUGAAGAAGAUGGUUCGGUGGAAGAGCUGGACGACUCCGGCAUUGAGGACACAUCGGGAGACGGGCUUGGUGGAAUGAUUGACCGCAAGGAUCAUCAGGACAAUUUGAAGGAGGGUAUGGGUAAGGAUGAGGAUAGAGUGUGUCUGGACGCGGAGAGCAUCGAUAGGGAAAUAAGGACAGACAGUAGAAUAAGCCACUCGUUGGUUGACUCGGGAGAUAGGCCAGGAGGUGAGAGUACGGCCAUGCAGAGGGUUUCCAAUGGGACGACAAGUGGUAGUGGUAUGUCAAUGGAGGCGCGCGUAGAGCAGCACAUUCGAGAGGUACAGGGCCACAAAGCCGUGCCCGCAAUCAGCUUCAGUAUCACAGAUCAAGACGGUGAUGUACAGAGCAUUUUUAGGCCAAGCGACGGGCGGGGUAGUCAGGAUAAAGUGAUGCCGUCUGCACUCAGGCAGAAAAAAGGGCGGAGUGUGAGCUACUCUGCACGCUCUACUACGCGUUCGGAUGGUGGGGAAAGGCCGAGUGACAGUGAGCUCAGGAUAGCGAUCCCGGUGAGGGAUGAUAGUAAGGAUUAUGUAAACAUCCACUUGGGGGUGGUGGUAGCGCCGGAGGCCAAAGACUUCAAUCUGCUCGAGUCUCACCACAAGACCUAUGACAAGGAUCGCGUGAGGGACCUCAGGAAACCUUUGCAGCAGCUGAUGUCUGCCAUGAACACUAUUUUCGAGGCUGCCCCGGGCGCGGUUGUCAAUGCUAUGCCACUGACCCCUGCAGUAGCCUCCGAAACAGUCACAACCGACUCCAGCGCGGCAUCAGCCAACCAUUCGCCUGCGAGGGCUACAGCGACGGUAGAGGCCUGUCCUGUAAGCUUCGACGAGCUCUUGGCUAUUGCGGGUCGUAUAGAGUCCAACUGCUUUGGCUACAGGAAUCGGAAGGAGAGUGUGCACACGCAGCUGGGGCGGAUGGUGGUGCCCACAGCAUCGUAUUUCAACCACUCGUGCCGCCCGAAUGUAACAGCCGAGUUUGCGGACUCGAAUCUGGCGAGUUUUGUGGCCAAGCGGAAGAUAUAUGAUGGGCAGGAGGUGUGCAUUUCAUAUAUUGACGAGAACCUGCCGAGGAGCGAACGACAGUUCCGACUGAAGGAUUCGUAUCUGUUCCACUGCGUGUGUGCGAAGUGCAUAGAGCCCGACAGUCAGAAGGGUAAUCCAUCCUGGUCGAAGAGUGUAAACGCCUACGCGAAACCGCCGUCAAACCAACCGAAGAAGAACAAUAAGGCCAUAAACAAGGCCACGAAUAAGAAAAAGAAAGGCGCCAAGAAGGGCCGACAGCGUCAGGAUGAAUGAUGCUUGAAAGUUAUACAGUG